AUCAACAGCUAGGGAUGGAAUGGCUGUUUACACUAACAUGGUUACUCAUGUCCAAUCAUGCAUUUGGAGACAUCAUUGACUUUCCCGAUUACGAAUGUGCAAAGAAUCAUUAUUACAACCCUGUCUCUCUUGAGUGUACUCCUCUCGCAACUGGUUACUUGGAGGGAAAUGGAGCUAUAUUUUGUAACGCAACUUACAAAUAUGAAUACACUGAAGAUAACACUAAUGAUGAUCUGGAGUUUGAAUGCUCACCAUGCUCUGGAGAUGAUGAAUCAGUAUCAGAAUUUGGAGACAGGUGCAUUUCUUGCCCCAAUGACCUUCUCCCAAGUGGUAUCUGUAACUGUGAUUACAAAACUAAUAUCCUUGAAGACACUGAAGUAACUGGGGAUACGAUUACUUUGCCAAAAUGUACAAAAUGCAUUGAUGGAUUUAAGCCAGGUUUUUAUGAUGAAUAUGGCAUUCCCCGAAAAUGUGUCAAAUGUCAACAUAGUGAUUGCCAGUGCAAAUUUGAAGCAGGGUACUGUUUCCCUAACUCAUAUAACCAGUUUCCGAUUGUGGAUAUAUAUGUUAGGUCAGAGGUGGUUACCAACCAGAUGUCUUCAAAACUCCUUAAAGAGAACUUAGCAGGCGUAUCAGAUCUAUGUGAGAUCAACAUCUCCAAACAACAAAACAACAUCACAGCCUGCCAAGUCCUAACAAACCUGUGUGUGUUGAGCCACAGCUACUUCACGAAGACUCCCUCCGUCCCCUACUCCGCUUGUAGUUGGCUUAGUGAGCUCACUACAGAGCAGCUCACUCCUGGGGUAGAGGUUCAGCAUAACAGACCCGGCUGGGUUAGUAGAGUACCCUGGCUGUUGUACCGGUAUGAUAUGGGUAGCUCACGGUACCGUAGUAACACGGAGGCUCUGGAAGAAAAGAUAGAACAGUUUUACACUUUUGAGAGAGGACUGAACACUAGCAAACUCGACAUACAGGUGGUGAGCUACACGCUGGACGGUAAAACUCUCCCCAUCUCCCCUCUCACAACUCAACUCUCUCUGUGUGCUGAACCUGUUCUUACAUUCGGGACUACGCUGUCUUAUACCUGCUCUUCGAGUGUGGCUAAGCUAAAAGUAAAAGAGACACUAUUCCACGAGCUCUACCUGCAACUGAGAGGAGGUGGUCUCAUUCCCAUACCGGUGCUGGUUGAGAACAACCUGGACAACACUGAAACUGGCAGUACUGAAACUGAGGCUGAUAUCAAGUCGUGGAGUCUUACUAGACGCUUCUUUUUAGUUGAUAAUCAGUUAGGAGUGGACCAAGUUGAAAAUACACCCAAGUUCGUCAGAUACGCAGCUAAGAUAUCCUUAUCAGUGACAGUGAUCCAGGAUACGAACGGGAAUAUUAACGUGCCGUUAAUGCGCGUUUCUUACAGGGAUGUGGCCACUAAUGAACCUAAUGAUAAGGUAGAGACAAAGCUGGAAGUACUGUACAGUAAGAGUGAAGAAAGAUUAGAGGAUGACAUGGGUAUAGCUGUCGGAGUAAUGAGCUUUCUCGGGCUCGUCUACGCAAUGGUAAAAGCGGUAGGAUACCGCCGUAGAAACAACAUAGUCGAGGAUUGUUCGUGUAGAACAAUCAGCUGUUUUGUUCUUUUCCUUUGUUCGGGACUAGGGACUUUGUUCUUCUGGGUGAUCGCUGGAACCAGCUGGUACUAUCUCUGCAUUUACAAAGGACAGAGAGCAGUAUCAGUGUUCCUCCCACUAGAUGACAACCCUUUUAGAGCCGUUCUCAUCUCCUGUUUCGUCCUUACUCUCAUCUCCAGACUCUAUUUCCUCUUCACUUCCACCAGUUACGACGUUUUCUUUAUUGACUGGGAGAAGCCUAAAGGUAAGUUCAUUCCCACAAGUACAUCAACAAAGAACGAAGAAACACUAACCAGUGUUAGCAUCUGGAGAACGUACUUCCUAGCUAACGAGUGGAAUGAACUGCACAGCAUCAGGAAAAUUAGUCCUACCUUCCAGUAUAUGGCUUUCCUCUUCUUCACAGAGUACGUGGGUUUACGUUACCUCUCAACGAGUCAACCUGAUGCGUUUGUCAACACUGCAGAAGUUAACUACGUCUCUCAAUACAGUCUUAUUCUGAGAGUCGGGAUAGUCUUCUCUGUCAUGUUCAUUCUCUGGGUCCUGCAGAGGUUCUAUAAUUUCCUUUACGAGAGGUUCAUCUCUGACCAAGUGCAGAUGUACAUCGACCUAUGCUCAAUCAGUAACAUCAGUGUGUUCAUCUUGUCUGACAAUAUAUAUGGGUAUUACAUACACGGGCGCGCGGUGCACGGCCACGCGGACGCAGACAUGGCUGAGAUUGUAACAUCGCUCAAAAGAGAAGAGGAUAAUUUGUGUAGUAGACGUGGAUUGGGUCCAGAUUCUGAGCAGCAGACUUUUGACAUGGUUAUCCCGAUCUUACUUCGAACAAACUACAACAGAAUAACCCUGCCACUCACAUCACGUGACAUCAGUUCCCACAGAAACCCUGUCAGUGAGACAGAUAAGCAGAUAGCUGCUUACUGGCACAUCAACAGGCUGUUUGCGGCGUUUAUAGACCGCUCUCUAGACGAUAUAGACUACACAAUCGGUGACAAACUCUUUCUGGAGAAAGUUCUCGACAUGGAAAUUAGGGAACCUCCUCCGGGAAAAGGUGUUCUCUACAACGACGAGGGACAAUCCUUCGAGAAGGUUCUAUAUUACGGUAACGAAUGGUUAUUGUUCACCUGGGACGUGAUACUGAUUGUAAUGUUAGAUUACUCUACUCAGAACUUUACUUUUGCUGCCCUGGGGGCCUGGUUCAUCAAUGAGGUUAUUCUGAAGAAGUUCAGCGAGUGGAGAUGCCAAAAGAACGUGGGCGACAAAGCUCUUAUAGAUGAGCGGUUUCUGUUGUGAUGUGUAAUAGAUAUUUUAAUUUGUACCAGUCCCGUCUUAUCUAAACGGAGACUGUUGAAAUUGUGUGAUAUGAGACCUGUAAAUCAUGAGAAAGAUUUGAAGUUGACAUUAAAGAAUAGAAGUAAAUAACAUUGCAUUUGUUUCCAGAAUACAGAUUUAGAUGGAAAUAUUCAAAGCGGCUAAAUUUUUUGUGAGUCAAUCGAAUUCUUUCUAUCACUUGACUAUAGGUAAUAGAGUAUUUGUUAAAUCAGAAAAUUGGUGUUACUUUCGGUUACCAAGACCAAUCAAGUUGAGGUAUGUUUAAAACUGGACUUGACAUUUGACCUAUCAGCAAUACGUGGCCUUUUAUAAUUCCCCUGUAUUAGUACUGUAAGUAUAUUCUCGAGUAAAUUUCGCGUCGUAUAACUGUAGUUAAUAGUGCAUAAUUAAUAGUGCAUAGUUAAUAGUGCAUAGUGCAUAGUCGUGGGUAAACGAGUACGUACUCAAAUAUAGUACAUGAUUAUGACAACAAUAACGAUCAACUCUUUGAGACAAAAGAUUAGGCACAUAUCAAUUGAAUUAAAUAUGUGUUAUUCAGUAUUUACAAUAUAUAUAUAUAUAUUCUUGUAUCUUUAUCUAUUUGGUAUUUAUUUUGUUUAUCAUAUCAGAAUUUUAAAACAAAUUGAGUUUACUUUAGUGUUUAGCUGAUG